CCCUACUCCGUACCGGGCCAACCAAUCCGGCCAAUGGAAACUGGGCCGGGGCGCCCAUCGCCGCCGCUGCCACUGCAAAUUCAGGCCAGCGAAAAACCCAAGAGCGUCCUAGCGUCUCCGCUCGCUUCUUCCCGCUUACAAGAGCCCUUCGCUCGCUAUUUUUUCUUCCCUCCCUUCCCUUCCUCUCUUCCUUUUCUCUCCAUCCCCUUUGAAGUGUCCUGUUUGACUGGCACUAUCAUCCAUCUCCUCUCUUUCUUUCCUUAGUUUUCGUUAUCACAGCCGUCAAAAUGGCCAAGGGUGAUGUUAACCAGGCCGACAAGACCGUCUUCGGCAUGCCCGUAAGUUCCUACUUGUCCCCUACGAACGGAAAGGCCAGGUUGUCGGAUGUCACGCUCUCGAUGGAAUCGAUCGAAAUUGGUCUUUAAUAUCGAAGAUCGAGUACUACAUUCCUUGGAGACACGAUGGUCGAACAAUUUGGCCCGGUUCAAUGGUGUUGUUGCCGGACUAGGUGGCUAAUGAAAAAUUUUCACAGGGAUUCGUCGUCGACUUCCUGAGUAUGUGCAUUUCAGCUCGCCCCGAAUG